UGGGCGGGAAAUAGGUUCUCUUCCUGUACGGUAGCUGAGGAACACUGUGCUUUCGGUAAAUGUCUGGCGUGCGACCGAGGCAGAAGCUUUCCCAACACCUGGUUCUGGUCCCGCGGUUUCCGCUGCCAGGUGCAACCAGAUACCUAUACUUAGUGCUGUGGCCUCUCCUCUGCCUCCCCAGGUCUUUAAAGUCAGUCCUCCGGACCCCUCCAGCUCCUCUACCCUUUCCUCUCGUUUGUUUGUUCCUCUUGGGAGCCCCGCAAUCCUCGGAGGCACGGGGCUAACUGUGAAGGCAGGAGCCCCUUAUCUCUACCCUGGAUCGACCUACCAAGGGUCUAGUAGCACCCAGGCUCUCACUGAUGGAGGAUUAACCACAUAGACUGGGGAAGGCAGAUUCUGUGCUGAUGAGCCUCAGGCUAGCUAUGCAGCCUUCGGGGGAACUCCAUUUGAACCUUCCUGUGAUGGUGAUUGACUGAUGGACCAUCGCAGGCCGAAGGUUCGAGAGGACAAACAGAACUGUUAGGACACCAUGGCUGACCGGGCCAGCUCAUUUCACUGACCUCUAGCUCCUGAUCCCUGUGCGGCCAUGGAGAAGAUGUCCCGAGUUAGCACAGCCCUGAGCGGCAGCGCCCUGACGGGCCGUACCAUGCACUGCCACCUGGACGCACCAGCUAACGCCAUCAGUGUGUGCCGUGAUGCAGCUCAGGUUGUUGUGGCAGGCCGGAGCAUCUUCAAGAUUUAUGCCAUCGAGGAGGAGCAGUUUGUAGAGAAGCUUAAUCUGCGCGUGGGCCGGAAGCCCUCGCUCAACCUGAGCUGUGCUGAUGUGGUCUGGCACCAGAUGGACGAGAAUCUGCUGGCCACUGCAGCCACCAAUGGUGUGGUGGUUACGUGGAACCUGGGUCGGCCAUCCCGAAACAAGCAGGAUCAGCUGUUCACAGAGCACAAGCGCACUGUGAACAAAGUCUGUUUCCACCCCACCGAGGCCCACGUGCUGCUCAGUGGCUCUCAGGAUGGCUUCAUGAAGUGCUUCGACCUCCGCCGGAAGGACUCUGUCAGCACCUUCUCUGGCCAGUCUGAGAGUGUGCGGGAUGUGCAGUUCAGUAUCCGCGACUACUUUACCUUCGCCUCCACCUUCGAGAAUGGCAAUGUCCAGCUCUGGGACAUCCGGCGACCUGACCGCUGCGAAAGGAUGUUCACAGCCCACAACGGGCCUGUCUUCUGCUGUGAUUGGCACCCAGAGGACAGGGGCUGGCUGGCCACGGGUGGACGAGACAAGAUGGUGAAGGUCUGGGACAUGACAACACAUCGUGCCAAGGAGAUGCACUGUGUGCAGACCAUCGCCUCUGUGGCCCGAGUUAAAUGGCGGCCUGAGUGCCGCCACCACCUGGCCACGUGCUCCAUGAUGGUGGACCACAACAUUUACGUGUGGGAUGUACGCCGGCCCUUCGUGCCCGCUGCUAUGUUUGAAGAGCACCGUGAUGUCACAACAGGCAUUGCCUGGCGCCACCCACAUGACCCCUCUUUCCUACUCUCUGGCUCCAAGGACAGCACAUUGUGCCAGCAUCUGUUUCGUGAUGCCAGCCAGCCUGUUGAGCGUGCCAACCCUGAGGGCCUCUGUUAUGGCCUCUUUGGGGACCUGGCCUUUGCUGCUAAGGAGAGCCUGGUGGCUGCUGAAUCUGGGCGCAAACCCUAUGCUGGUGACCGGCGCCACCCCAUCUUCUUCAAGCGCAAGUUAGAUCCUGCUGAACCUUUUUCUGGCCUGGCUUCCAGUGCGCUCAGUGUCUUUGAGACAGAGUCUGGUGGUGGCAGCAUGAGCUGGUUCGUGGAUACAGCUGAGCGUUAUGCUCUGGCUGGUCGGCCACUGGCUGAGCUCUGUGAUCACAACGCAAAAGUGGCUCGGGAGCUUGGCCGCAACCAGGUGGCACAGACAUGGACCAUGCUACGGAUUAUCUACUGUAGCCCUGGCCUGGUGUCCUCUACCAAUCUCAACCACAGCGUCGGCAAAGGCAGCUCCUGUGGCCUACCACUCAUGAACAGCUUCAAUCUGAAGGAUAUGGGCCCAGGGCUGGCCAGUGAGACUCGGCUAGAUCGCAGCAAAGGGGACACACGGAGCGACACAGCUCUGCUCGACUCUUCAGCUACUCUCAUCACCAAUGAGGAUAAUGAGGAGACUGAGGGGAGUGACGUGCCUGCUGACUACCUGCUGGGCGACGUAGAGGGAGAGGAGGACGAGCUGUACCCACUGGACACGGAGCAUGUGCACUCGGAGGAGCCUGAAUAUGUGCUGCCGCAGGAGGCCUUCCCACUGCGCCACGAGAUAGUGGACACACCAUCUGGGCCUGAACAUCUGCAGGACAAAGCUGACUCUCCGCAUGUCAGCGGCAACGAGGCAGACACAGCCUCCUUGGCACCAGUAGACUCUUCCUCCUCCCUCCUUUCCGUCUCACAUGCCCUGUAUGACAGCCGCCUGCCACCUGACUUCUUCAGUGUGUUGGUGCGGGACAUGUUGCACUUCUAUGCCGAGCAGGGCGAUGUGCAGAUGGCUGUGUCUGUUCUCAUUGUGCUGGGUGAGAGAGUGCGCAAGGACAUCGACGAGCAGACCCAGGAGCACUGGUACACAUCCUACAUUGACCUGCUGCAGCGCUUCUGCCUCUGGAAUGUUUCCAACGAGGUGGUGAAGCUGAGCACCAGCCGGGCAGUUAGCUGCCUCAACCAAGCCUCCACCACUCUGCAUGUCAACUGUAGUCACUGCAAGCGGCCCAUGAGCAGCCGUGGCUGGGUCUGCGACAGGUGCCACCGCUGUGCCAGCAUGUGUGCUGUCUGCCAUCAUGUGGUUAAAGGUCUGUUCGUGUGGUGUCAGGGCUGUAGUCACGGCGGGCAUCUUCAGCACAUCAUGAAAUGGCUAGAAGGCAGCUCCCAGUGCCCUGCAGGCUGCGGCCAUCUCUGCGAAUACUCCUGACCUGGUCUUCCCUGAGACUGAGCUUCUUCAGCUCAACCCUGAAGUCCACCUGUCUAGGCCCACAGCCUCUUACCCAUCCCAUGUACCGGGAAUGAAAGGUGGCUGCAACACAAUAGUGGUGGUGUUUUUAACACAAUAAAAACAGGAGCUGGUUA